GGCUCGGUGCGCGCGCGGCGGCCGGCUGGCGCCAUGCGGCGGUAGCGCGGCGGCGCGGCCGAGCGGCGGGCGAGCACUCGUGCGCUCUCGGCUAUGUGCCCCCUUUGCGCUACAUUGUAAGUCUCGAUCUGUCGAUGACACAGCCAAGGAGGACCCAUGUCUUACUGGGGUGGUGUUAGCCUAAGAUGGUGCUGGCGCUUGUGGUUGGAGUCCUGUGCGUGUGGGGCCGCUUGAGCGUCGCAAACCCUGAAGCGAAGCGGCUGUACGACGACCUCCUCUCUAACUACAACCGCCUGAUCCGACCAGUCGGUAAUAACUCAGAUCGGCUCACCGUCAAGAUGGGGCUACGGCUUAGUCAGCUCAUCGACGUUAAUCUUAAGAAUCAAAUCAUGACAACGAACGUGUGGGUAGAACAGGAAUGGAAUGAUUACAAGCUGAAGUGGAACCCCGACGACUACGGCGGCGUCGAAACUCUGCACGUGCCUUCUGAACAUAUAUGGCUGCCGGACAUUGUGCUUUAUAAUAACGCGGACGGCAACUACGAAGUAACAAUAAUGACGAAAGCCAUUUUGCAUCACGAUGGAAAAGUAAUAUGGAAGCCGCCGGCCAUUUACAAGUCCUUCUGCGAGAUCGACGUUGAGUACUUCCCCUUCGACGAACAAACCUGCUUCAUGAAGUUCGGUUCUUGGAGUUAUGAUGGUUACACGGUGGAUUUGAGGCAUUUGAAACAAACACCAGACUCUGAUCACAUAGGGAUGGGGAUUGAUUUAUCAGAAUAUUACAUCUCAGUGGAGUGGGACAUAAUGCGGGUACCGGCUACGCGGAACGAAAAAUUCUACUCCUGCUGUGAAGAGCCUUACCCCGACAUCAUAUUCAACUUAACACUUAGAAGAAAAACCCUAUUCUACACGGUCAACUUGAUUAUCCCUUGCGUCGGGAUCUCGUUCCUAUCAGUGCUUGUCUUCUAUUUACCUUCAGACUCGGGAGAAAAAAUCUCGCUAUGUAUUUCUAUCCUUCUCUCAUUGACCGUGUUCUUCUUGCUAUUAGCGGAAAUUAUCCCACCAACAUCUUUGACAGUCCCUCUACUAGGCAAAUAUUUGUUAUUUACUAUGAUGCUAGUCACAUUAUCAGUAGUUGUCACUAUCGUGGUGCUAAAUGUAAAUUUUAGGUCGCCAGUUACCCACCAUAUGGCCCCGUGGGUGCGGAAAGUCUUUAUAGAUUUUUUACCCAAAAUAUUGUGUAUACAGAGGCCGGAUAAGCCACCUGAUGACGAUGAUGAUGAGAAUGAUAAGCCGACUGAGGUAAUAACCGAUGUCUUCGGUCCAGAUGAGCUGGACGGAAAGUAUAAAGAAUGGGGCAGUGAGGAGUAUGAGCUUCCAGGCAUGCCUCCGUCCCCUCCACCCCCUCCAGGUGGUGACGACGAGCUAUUCUCACCACCCCCCGGGUCCCCAUGCCGUUUAGACUUGGAUGACGGCAGUCCAUCUCUAGAGAAACCUUACGUGAGAGAGAUGGAAAAGACUAUAGAAGGCUCCAGGUUUAUAGCGCAGCAUGUCAAAAAUAAGGAUAAGUUUGAGAGUGUGGAGGAUGAUUGGAAGUACGUAGCGAUGGUACUUGAUAGAAUCUUCCUAUUUCUAUUCACAAUAGCUUGUGUCGUAGGUACAGCGCUCAUUAUAUUUCGAGCGCCGACCUUCUACGACAAUAGCAAACCAAUCGAUAUUCUCUACUCGAAAAUCGCCAAGAAAAAAUUGGAGCUGCUCAAGAUGGGCUCCGAAGGAGAUCCGGGUCUCUGAAAUUCGUCUUACGUCUUCGGCCACUCGCCGCCGAAGACGUUCUGGGAGUUGAUCGUCAUGUGGUGGCACGGAUGAUCGUAUUAGGGAUCCCAGAAGGGAAUUGUCAGGCGAGAACUAUUAGUGCUCAGUGUGGUGCCAAGCGCCCGGUGCGCUACAGGACGUUGUGACGCCGCAAGCGCAUCCAAACCGUCUUUUUAUAUAAACUCGAUCGCGAGACUGUGUCCGUCGAUAGUCGCAACAGCGGAGCAACCUCAAGACAUGGCCGUUUUCUGUUGACGCCGCCACAACUAUUUUUAUAUUAGACGCCGAAACGUUUAUAUCUUAAGCAAGUAUUCUUUUGUAUGUUUUCAUCGGAACGAUUUCUUUUUCAGGAAUUAUUUGAUACGACGCACAAACAUUGUACAGAAUUAUCUUUAGGGGUUUGUAUUUAAUUUCUCGCGAUAGUAUUUAGUUGUCACGAUGAUAACGGGCAUAUAUAAGCAGUUACUUACUAUAAUGUUUACUUCGAAUAAAAUCGAGCUCAAUUUCGUAAUGUAGGUAAUCUAAUAAAAAUAUUCAAUCGACGUCGAUUAGCAUCAAACAUAAUUUAUAAUAGUUGAAGCAAACGUCCUUGAGGAGCCGGACAUUGUAGAAUUGACUUGUAUUAAUAAUGGUGAUGUAAUUUUGAAUUAAACUUUUAGUAUUUGAUAAACUACGUACUCGCGUAAAAAUCAUAAGGACAAUAUCGAGUAAUAAUUGACGAAUGGUAAUAAUUUCCCUGUAGUUGUAAUGAAAAUAUAAGGGAUUGUAGAUAUUGUUAGGUCUAAAGCCUAGUUCAAGAGAUAUAAAAAGACACUUAUCAUAAUGCCGUAUAGUUGAUAGAGUCACAUUGCAAGGUGAUAUUAUUUGACUAGAUAUAUUUGAGAAACGCAAUUGACUGCCAAUUGUACAUUUUUAUAAAGUCGAUAUUCUUAGAUAGUUCGAUAACUUGUUUUUAUUACAUUUUUUAAAAUGGUGUGCCAAACUUUGAGCCGAUACCGCCAGCGCCGAACGCAGGCCGACGGGUGCCGAAAUUAUCUUUUUCUACGCUCGUUUACUUCAUACUUUGAAGGUAGAUGAUUUGCUUGGUAAUUUUAGUUCGGAGGUAAUAAUAAUAACGAAUGCUAACCCUAAAAACGUAA